GUACCUGUCUGCCACUGAACUCUGGUUUCAAUCAUACCAUCACUAGUUCAAAGUGCUAUUCAGGACCUUUGAAAUCUUUUCUGACCUAUCCCAUGCAAGAUCAAGAAUGGCUAGCUCAUCAAGUCUAGCUUUCUUUACAAUGGCACUGUAAUAUCUUGGAUGCUAGAUAAAGGCACGGUAGACUGUGGUUGGAAUAACUCAAUAGCGUUUACUGAAAACUGCUCGGCACAACAGCUGAUACACACUCUCAGGGGCGGACUGACCAUCUGUGUGAUCUGGAGAAUCACAGAACGGCCGGUACUCCAGGACGGCCGGCGGGCCGGCCUACGACCCGCCACACACGCGGUCAUCACCUGUUUUUUCCCCCCCUAAUCUGUUUCACACUCCAGUACUGUAGGUGGCAGCAAUGCACCUUUAAGUUGGAUGCCAGCUGCACUGGCCGUGGCCGCCAAGUAAGGAGAAGAAGAAGUGGAAGAGGAGGAAGAAACCAACAGCAAAGACGUUAGAUAGAAGCAUAGAAACAAACAAACAAUAUGCAUAACGCGGCCGCGGGUAAAAAAACGAAAAGAAAAGGGUGGGGCUGAGAAGGCGAAAGAAAAGAAAUUGUGGAAUUUAGAUACUGAAGCCGUUAAAUGUCACAAACUAACUGAAAUAUUUAGCAGCACACCCAGCAGCAGCACCUCACAGUUAAAUAUUAGCUGCAGACCCAGCAGUGAAGAAGUGAGCCAGACAGCUAUGCAGCAACAUGCCACUAGUGAUGAUGAGGGACAGAAAGAUGAGCUGGUUCCACAGGCAGAUACAGGGGAACAGUUCACCCUAAAGACAUAAACGAGACACCAACAUGAAACAAGUACUUCCCAGCAUGGAAGUAGAAAAGUGGACCUACUGGAUCUACAAGAAAAUGGGUGGAGAUGCAUCAAGAGAGCGAGCGGAUGAAGCUGAAAGAGACCUUCAGGAUACUAUGAAGCAACACAGAAGAUGGAGGAACAUCAACGACGGGAGCAAGAGAAGCAGAGACAAAAAAUUAUUGAACACAAUAGAAAGCAAGAGAAAGCAGAAAGGAUAAGGAUUCAUCAAGAAAAGAAUAAUUCCAGCAGUCCUAAAACUGUAGGAUGAAGAGACAAUGGUUUAAAUGUUUGAUUAUCGACAAAAAGAUUUGAUGGAUACAGUACACAGUUAUUGUAAAAUAAAUAUUAACAAAUGUACUAGAUGUUUUAUUUUUCAAAAAUAAAUAUUGCAUAGUUUCAAUAACAAAAAAGAGAAACUGGUUUUAUAACCCUGUUUUUUGUUUACCAACCAAAUGUAGUCUGAUAUUGUCAUGUUGUUUUUUUGCCUUGAGUACUGUACUGUAGCCUACUCUCCAGCAUUGCAAUACAUAUCUUCUAUUCAUGUUCAAUCUUAUCUCUGAUUCUUCCUUUCACUUUGGAAUGUACUUACAUUUAGUUUUUACAUGCAACUGUCUAAAUCAGAGGUGUCAAACUAGUUCCAUGGAGAGCCGAGUGUCUGAAGGUUUUCACUCUCACCUUGCACUUGAUUGAUUAAUUAUGUCACUAAUUGGUUAAGUUCUACCUUCUCCUGGUUGUUUAGGUCUGAACUGGGAACUAAUUUUUAGGAAAAACCAAAAGCUGCAGACACUUGACCCUCUGUGGAAUCGGUUUGACAUCCCUGAUGUAAUACGAGGUUAUUUUCUAUCAACUGAGGAGGGUCAGGUUUUUUUUCAGAACAAAUCAGAUGGACAAAUACUAAUGAGAACUAAAUUAAUCUUAGGCUACUAUAACUUGCAUUUCUAUAGCUGACAUUAGUAUUGGGAUGCAACUGAUAUGCUAGUGGCUUUGUAAGAACAUAAAUUACCAAUAUGUUUUUGAAGGUAAUUAACAUAUUUUGCUCACUGAUAGUUAGACGGUAUUCAGCUUUGUUGUAACAUCCCAUCACCUAUCUAUAUACAGUACUGCAGAACCGUGGCCUUUCCGAGGGGCAUGAGCUGAAACUGAAAAAGUGCGUGGAGUUGUCGGCUCAGACGGACGUAUGAUGUGUCAGAGUGAGUGACACGCGUUAAAAAGACAGAUGACGCUUUCUGGUUGGUGUGAGCGACACAUGUCACGAUGACAGAUGGGCACAUGGAAACCAGGAAAGGGCACUUCAUAGCAAAGGGGCGAUUAGCCUUCAGCAUUUGGUCAGCCAGAAAGCCACUGACAACUGAAAAAAGACCAGCAAGUAUUAAGGCCACAGAACCCUCCUCCCAUUCAAAAAGAACAGCAGAAGACUGUCAGACAAAGAUAACAUUGAGUCAUGUCUGAUAGUGAGACCAUUGAGCUAGCCGCUCUGGGCCGGCCGUUCGAACUGGGGAUGCUGUAUGACUGCCGCAGGGAUCUUCUCAUCCCAGGCGAUUAGCCUUCAGCAUUUGGUCAGCCAGAAAGCCACUGACAACUGAAAAAAGACCAGCAAGUAUUAAGGCCACAGAACCCUCCUCCCUUUCAAAAAGAACAGCAGAAGACUGGCAGACAAAGAUAACAUUGAGUCAUGUCUGAUAGUGAGACCAUUGAGCUAGCCGCUCUGGGCCGGCCGUUCGAACUGGGGAUGCUGUAUGACUGCCGCAGGGAUCUUCUCAUCCCAGGUAUAACACUCUGGGAUGCGGAGUUACUGAAGAAACACAUCAAUGUUUCAAAAAGACCAAACACUGACUUCAAAAUAAUUGCUUCUGACUCAAGUGAAGCCAAGUCAGAAGCAUUAAAUGUGUCUGCGUCUCUUGAGGCCAGUUUUCUUGGUGGCUUAGUUAGUGUGAAGGGUUCUGCUAGUUUCUUAAACAACAAAAAAAAAUCCCAACGUCAGUCUAGGGUUUCUCUGCAGUACCGUACCACCACUCACUUCGAGCAGUUGACCAUGGACCACCUGGGCCCAGGAAAUGUGAAACACAGUAAUGUCAUCACAGAGGGUUCUGCAACCCAUGUGGUGACUGCCAUUCUCUACGGAGCACAGGCCUUCUUUGUUUUCGACCGUGAGUUUUCUACAUCAGAAUCCUAUCAGGACAUACAAGGAAACCUGCAAGCUGUGAUCAAAAAGAUCCCCUGUAUAUCAAUAGAGGGGCAGGCAUCACUGAAGAUGAGUGAGGAGGAAAAGAGCGAGGCUAACAGAUUUAAUUGCACUUUCCAUGGUGAUUUUGCACUAAAAAAGAAUCCUGUCACAUUUGAAGAUGCCAUUAAGGUGUAUGCUGACCUGCCAAGUAUGCUAGAGGAUAACAGAGAUCAUGCUGUGCCCAUGAACGUCUGGCUCUAUCCUCUCAGAAACCUUGACUCAGCAGCUGCCCAGCUAGUAAGGCAGAUAAAUGUUAGCUUGGUGCGUCGCACACAGCGAAUCUUGGACGGAUUGGACAACACUGAUAUAAUAUGCCAAGACAUGAUGAAGGAAGACAUGGCUAUCAAGUUCCCUGAAAUAAAAGCAAAGCUCACUAAGUUCAGGGACUUGUGCUUAGAGUACAAGCUGGUGUUCCAGAAAGGUCUUGGCAACAUUCUUCCCAAGAUAAGAGGAGGAGGGAUGGAAGAAGAGCUGAUAGAAAUGCUCACCAGCAAGGAACGCUCUCCAUUUCAGAAUGAUCUCAUGUCUGCAUACUUGGACGACAGAGCAAGAGAGAUCAAUGUUGUCAGUUCUUAUCUUCACAUAAUGAAGGAGGUACAGGUUGUGUACUCAAGCAGUGAACUGGAUGGAAUUGUGCUUGAUCAAGCUAAUAAUUAUGUGGUGUGUUUUGCAUUCUCCUCUUUGAGGGACAAAGACGAUUUUGAGUUAGACUUGGAGAAAUACUUGCAGGAAGACUUUAAGGGUGAUUCUUCACUGAUACCUUACGAUCUCAAUGCAGCUAAGAAAUCAGCAGCAGAAAAGUGGUUUCGCUCUGGGAAGGUAACUGCCCAAACCAGGCAAACCAUACAACUCUUUCUAGACUUCAAAGAGUCAAACAAAGAGAGAGAAAAUCUUGCAUUCUGUAUUGCAUCAAUUCCCAACAAGCUUAUCACUGCAUGUUCCAUUCACAUCUAUGAAAGAGGAAUACUUCUAAAUUCACAGUACGAGCUGCCAUCAAAGCCAGGGGUUCCCAUCAUUAAGAGUCUGGAGCAUGACUGUGUCCACUUGCAAAUCAUCUCCUCCCAACUUGGUGUUAACUCAGUGGCGUCAUACCAGGUGUUGUACCAGGCGAAGGGAACUGACACUGAGUGGACAGAAAUCAACACGGAUGCUAUUACUAACCAGGUCACCAUCAGGCGUUUGCUGCCUUACAAGGAGUACCGCUUUAGCUGCAGGGCAGUGUGUAAACCUGGUGUGAGCCUCUGCAGUGACUGGACUGAAUACUACAGAACCAGCCCAUGUAGCCCCCCUGGACCACCCACGGAGAAGUGUAUAGAUUCACAAAGUAUCAGGGUGAACUGGGACAUUCCUACAGUGAUAGGAGUUGAUGUUGCAGUUAUUGGUUAUGUGGUUGAAUUUAGAACAAACACAAUGGAUGAAGACAAUACAUUGUGGCACACCACCAAAACCACCACUAGAGACUGCACACUGGAAGGACUACAGGCUAACACUUCAUACAGCAUCAGAGUCUCCGCUACUUGUGGUGAAGCAGGGAAGAGUCUACCCAGCCCUGAGACCAUGCUGACUACCAUCGGGGUGUCUGACGUAAUAAAGAGGAACCAAUCAACUGGAGCAAAUAGUGAGAAAUUCAUCAAACAAUCCACAAGGGUGGUGAAAGACAGCCUCUUAAUCUACAGGCUGAAUCUGGAAAAGAAGUUAGUUAUAAAGGAAAGUUUUGACCAGUACACAUUUGGCAGGAAAGUUGAGCAGGGGAAUAACAAAGUCAUAUUGCUUUUGGGGGCCACAGGGGCAGGAAAAACCACUUUGGUCAAUGUCAUGAUAAACGCCAUUCUUGGAGUGAAGUGGGAAGAAGGUCAUCGCUUUAAGCUCAUCCAUGAGGUGACCAACCGGUCACAGGCAGAAAGCCAGACUGUGAUUGUUACAUCAUAUGAGCUUUACAACCAGCCAGGCUUUCAGAUUCCUUAUUCACUGACCAUUAUUGACACACCAGGGUUCGGAGACACCAGAGGAAUGGCAUAUGAUGAACAGCUUACCCAGAUGCUAAAGGAUUUCUUGUGCAACCCUUUAGGGAUCGAUCAUAUUGAUGCAGUCUGCUUUGUAGUUCAGGCAGCCCUUGUACGUCUCAGUCCUUCCCAGAGAUACAUCUUUGAUUCCAUCCUAUCCAUUUUUGGAAAAGAUGUUGCUGAAAACAUAUUGAUGCUUGUGACAUUUGCUGAUGGGAAGGACAUUCCUGUUCUAGAGGCCAUCAAAGCUGCAGAUCUGCCCUGUAAGAAGAACAAGAAGGGUUUUCCAACCCAUUUCAAAUUCAGCAACGCAAUUGUUUUUGAAAAUAAUGUGACCGAGAGCAGUUCUGAAGAUGAUGAUGAAGAUAAUGAUGGUGAUGACAAGAUAGAUUGUCCACAGCAAUGGAGGUCAACCUUCAAGGAGAUAAAGAAAUUUUUUAAAGCAUUGGAAAGCAUUGAAAGCAAAGACCUCACCCUGACGAAGAAAGUGCUGGAAGAACGUGAGCUUUUGAAAAAGACCAUGACACGGCUUAUCCCACAGAUCACUGCUGGUCUUUCAAAGCUAAGUGAAAUUAAAAGCUUGAAAGCCUGUCUUGAGAAUGAGCAAGAAAACAUGAAACUGAACGAAUCCUUUGAAACAGAGAUAAAAGUACUGAUGGUAAAAAGAAGCAAAUUAUCUGAAGGCUUUGCUACAAACUGCAAAGUAUGCAAUUUCACGUGCCACACCUCUUGUUUUCUCCCAAACGAAGAUGACAUCAAAAGUUGUGCCGUGAUGAAUAAAGAUGGCAACUGUAUCGUAUGUCCGGGAAAAUGCUCUUUCAGUGAUCAUGACAGGGAAAAAGCCGUGUUGACAUACGAAACAAAGACAGAGAAAAAGACUAUUCAAGAACUAAAGGACAACUUCAUGAAGGCAUACGGCAAGUUUAUGUCAACCAAGGACAUCCUGGAUAAACUGGAUGUUGAGUUCCAAUUGAUCGAGGACGCACUGAUGAAUUUGAUCAAGCAGUCUUCUGACUGUCUAAAAAGGCUAAAUGAGAUUGCACUAAAUCCAAAUUCUCUUUCCACUAUGGAGUACAUGGAAAUAUUAAUUCGCACAGAGGAGGACCAACGUACACCAGGUUUUGAGGAUCGGAUUGUAGGAUUGAAAAAAAUGAAGGAAGAGUCUGAGAUUCUGGACAAGAUUGCAAGAGGAGAAGAUAUACUUCCAAAGGAGAAAAAAUUCAUGAAGGAUAAAGAGGAAAGACGACAGGCCGUUCUCAAAAAAUCCAGUCCUGCUAAUGUUGCCUAGGAACCAAAUUGGGAUGUACCGCAACAUUAAGAUGCCUACUGUUGAAGGUGCAUUCAGUGUUUUCCAUGCAAAUCUGAGUUUUUAGUAUAGGCCUUUAAGCCUCAUGUUAAAGAAUAAAAUUAUUACUGUCAUAGGAGAAAUUAUACUUAUCUAGCCUUUCAAUUCGAAUCCUUUCCAUAUGUUAUAUUUCUAGCAUAGAAGCCUCUCCUGAAUAAUGCGACAAUCAGGCUCCUGAAGAUCGUGAAUUACUGACAUCUAGUGGCAAAUCUGUGAAGUUACCAGCACCAGCCAUCUUCAGAGAUGGUCUGAUACUUGGAACAGCCUGAAAAACACAAGGCUUGUUAGAAUUCAAUAAAUCAUUUUCUACUUAGACCAAGUCAACAACUGUUACUGUUGUGUUCAGAAAACCAAAUGUUGCCACUGUACAAUCUGAUGGUAAUUCCAGCAAUUUUGUGACUAUUAUUUGUCUGACUACUGUAAUGCGUAACUAAAAUAAAUAUAAACA